AUGGCCGAAGCUCUGAGCGGUCAAGGAGACCUUGGUCCGGCAAAGAAGAAGAUCGAUGACCGCCACCGGUUCUUUCGCAGAGGAUUAAAAGGGACACGAUGGCUCGGGGGUAUGCGCGCGCAAGUACGGAAGACCGAAUCACAGGUCACCUCCCCCCCGGUCUGCGAGUUGUCCGCGUUCGCUUUUGUUCUGGGCUGCUGGUUUGCUGAUGCCGCCUAUCUGGUGGAAAAGACAGCUCCACCGCCGAUGGAAGUUAUACGGGACAAAAAGCGGGAACCCACAGUGCCUCUAGAGCUGCGUCCUGAUCGAGGGGCGAGAGCUGCAGAUGGCGUUGGGCGGAGAAUGGGAGUAAGACCUCGUACGGUAGAAUGUCGGGCUUAGCGCAGACGGAGAGACGAGGGUCGAUGGACGGGGCGUCGGCCUGGUAUCGAGACGGAGAGGCAGAAUGAGCGAGGGCGCGGUGGGAGGAAGACGAAGAGGAGGGAGAGACAGAAGUUGGAGAUGGAGUUGGCGACGAUGGUCGUUAAUUCUGACCACAACAAAAGAAAAGCCAAAACGGGACAAAGUUGGAUUGGCAGGAAGGGGAGGCCACGUGAUGUACACUUGGGCGUGCUGACUUUGGACGAUUUGAUGCUGCUGAUGAUUAUGGAUUGAUAUCUAUCUUGUGAUGGAUGGCUAUGAUGGCAGUAUAAAGUCAAACGUAGCUGUGUUAAUGGCACGAGUCAUAGCAGGAGCGAUACUAGUAAUAAUUCCUAGUGCGGAGUAUAGCAUAGAUAGAAAUAACGAGACACAGGUGUAUCAUUAGAGCUGCUUCUACCUGCUGCUACUGGCUAUUACCGUAGCUUAUUCCAAUCAGAUACUGACGGUAGUCUACCUACUGAGCAGAGAGAUAGCAUGAAAGCAAAGGAGACCAAGCUGUUUCAGUGGCCAGCAACAGUAGCAGAAUUAAACCAGACAAAAAAGAGAGGCAUUAUCCUUAACUAGUAAAACAUGACACCCUUUAUCUGUAUUAUCUAAACAAGACAAGGUGACGAAAAUGGGGCUAAGAUGAGAUAAGAUGCAGUAAGGAACUCUUCUCACAUCUUCUCUGCUGUCGCCCCGUGGUCAGCCUGGACACUGGGGCGGGCGUCAUCACUAUCAUCGUCUCGGUGAAGUUCAUCGAACUUGUACAAGGGUUCGAGCUCAGCGUGCUUCUGGCGGAGGAUGUGUCGACGGAAGAAGUGAGGCAGGACCUUGAAGACUUGGUAGUGCAUGUGAGUGGUUGUGGGGACAGCAAAGAUGUAGUCGAGUUCCUCAAGGGUGCGUUGCUUUGUUUCAGGAACCCAGAGAUAAAUCAUUAUCAGGGCAAGGACGUUCAGGCCACUGUUUUUGUUUCAAAUGAGUUAGGCUUUUUCUUUCUUUUUCCUUCAUUUGGACAUGGGGAAGAGGAAAAGACUUACGCGUAGAAGCCAAAGG